AUGCUUCUCGACGACAGUGCUUCGGAAGAGCUGAAAGGCUGGGUUGUCAAACGUCUGGAGGACAUCUCGGACGCGGACUCGGACGUUCUCGCCGACUAUGUCAUCGCCCUGAUCCGAUCCGAGGAAUCUGACGACGCCGUCAAGCAGAACUGUCUGGACAACCUGCAGGACUUUUUGCACGACAGCACUCCAAACUUUGUCAACGACGUCUUCGCCCACCUCGACAACUCGUCCUCGUCCAAGCCGUUACAGCCUACCGCCUCGGCUUUCCAACCUACCGCACAGCCUUUCCAACCGAGCGAACCAGCUUUCAACCCUCCCUCGGGUCCUGCCUCAAGGAAGCGCGAGUACAACGAGAGCAAUGCCUUUAACAGCCAAAACCAAGGUCCCCAGCAAGACCGUCCAAUGAAGCAGAUGCGACGAGGUGGACGCGGGGGUCAAAGAGGAGGCUUCAUGGGCAACAUGCCCGGCGCACCACAAGGCAUGCCCCAAUUCGACCCGAACAACCCCAUGGCCGCUCUCAUGGCAAUGCAGCAGGCUAUGGGCGGUCUCUCCAACAUGCCCGGUAUGCCUCAGAUGCCGCAGAUGCCUUUCGCCCAAUCUCCUGGUGGUUUUGGCAACCCUUCGCAAACACCGCGCUCGGGUCAGAGAUGCCACGAUUACGACACCAAGGGCUUCUGCGCACUCGGUGCUUCGUGUCCUCACGAGCACGGCAACGAUCCCGUAGUCGUGCCCCAGCAAGCCGACGAAUACGAUCCCGCGAACGCAUCCAUAUCGCAGGGACGUCCGUUCAGCGACAGAGGACGUGGACGAGGCCGCGGUAGAGGCGAUAGAGGCGCCUUCCGUGGUGGUCGCGGAGGACGCGCCGAUUUCUCGUCUGCUGGUCCCAACCACGACCGCUCCAUUACCCAGGUUGUCAUUGAGCAGAUCCCAGAGGAGAACUUCAACGAGCAAUCCGUCCGCGACUUUUUCUCCGAGUUUGGAACCAUCGAGUCGGUCGAGUUGCAGGACUACAAGCGUCUAGCCAUCAUAAAGUUCGACGACUACGACAGCGCAAAGAAAGCAUACGACAGCCCCAAGGUCAUCUUCGACAACCGUUUUGUUAAGGUCUACUGGUAUAAGCCUGAGAGGAUGCAACGCGAACGCCACCAGAACGGCUUUGGCAAGAGCGACGGCGAUGUUGACAUGCAAGAAGAGGAAAAGAUUGAUCCUGUCGAGUUCGCGAAAAGACAAGAAGAGGCACAACGCGCGCAUGAGGAAAAGACGAGGAAAAUUAAGGAGGCAGAGGCACAACGUCAAGAAUUGGAACAGAAGAUGAAAGCCCAGGCUGAAGAGCGCAACAAGCUGCUUGCAAAACUCGCUGCCAAGGAGAGAGGAAAGUCUGGAACGCCGGAUCAAGCUGCUGCUGGCCAGAACGGUACUGCUAACGGCACUGAUGGCAAUGGCACACUCUCGCAAACCGAUGCUUUGAAGGCCAAGCUUGCCGAGCUGGAGAAGGAGGCUGAGAGCAUGGGUAUCAACCCGAACGAGGAUCAGUCAUGGCAAGGCUUCGCGCCCCGCGGUCGUGGUGGAUACAGAGGACGUGGAGCUUUCCAACCGCGAGGCGCAUGGCGAGGAGGAAGAGGUGCUUUUGCUCCCCGUGGAGGUGCAGUGAGAAGGCUAGACAACAGACCCAGAACUGUUGCAGUCAUCUUCUCCAACAACGAGGCACUGGAUUCGCAAAAAGACGAGGCUUUGAGGCAAUAUCUGCUUUUCAGCGACCUCAUGGAAUCCACACAGAUCAGCGCUCAUCCUUCACGGCCAGACGCAGCUAUGCUCGCAUUCUCCGAACGCUAUCAAGCCGAAAAGUUCCUCAAUCGUGGGUCUGACAUCCCGCAUCUCGGUAAAGUCGAGUUAUCCUGGAUGGCAAACCCUGCGCCCAGCACUCCCAUUGCCUCUACACAGGCAGGCGCCGAAGCAUCCAAAGACGUCAACAUGGACGAACCUCAAGAUCUUGGCCCUCCUAGACCUGCAGCCGAGAUGGAUUACGAUGUAGCCGAUGAUGACGACAACUGGUUGGUUGAAUAA